CAGAGCGUGACCCCAUGCCCCCCUGUGAGUGCUGAGGUCGUAUGGCGAGACGGCUGCAUCACCUGGUCUUGUUGUACUCACCCCUAGUGACCGUCAUGCACACCGGACUCCUCCAGCUCAUCCUGGUGGUCACAGCACUGGCAGAGAGAUGUACACGUGCCGUGCCGGUACAGAGUGUUCCCGCCAAAAAGAUGCACGUGUUACGGCGAGUUCCCGCCUCCUGCUCCAACUGGGACAAAGCGUGGGCGUGGCUGACCAAGGUGGACUGUGGCACCAAGUACAGACUGGACCUGGUGACCGUGCCACCUCAAGAGGUCAAACAGUACAAGCUCCAGUACUUCUGUUGUGACGGGGACACGGACUGUGACCCUGCUGGAGUUCAAUCCUCGGGGUUCGACACGACCGACGAAAAGUUUCUGGCCAUCGUCCUAGGCUCCACGGCCGCUUGUGUCGUCAUCAUCAUCAUCAUCUUCGCCAUCACCUUCUACACGAAGAAGACAAGGUGCCUUCCUCUGUGUGACCCUGACAACCACACUUACUCCAGUGCAGCUGACGGUGACUCCCAGGACGGAAACGAGGCUGAGAAAUCCCCUCCAGAUGACCUUGACAGUGAGUGUGAGCAGAAAGCGUGCGAGGCUGAGUACGCGGAGAUCGGAGACUCUCGUCUGCCUCGGUACACGGACAUUUUCAAAGAGAACAUGGAGGAGAAGGGCGACCCCUUCAACAAGGCCACGGCCCCGCCCCUCUAUUCAGAGGUCAACCGGAAGGGGUGUGUCACCUCCAGCGUGCGCGCGCCGCCCUCGCUACACAGCAGCCUGAUGGACGAGAUCCACGUCUUGCCGGCCGAGUCGCCGACACACAGCGACGGUGCGGACGACGUGUUCGAGGGCCAGCACGCCCCGACCCCCGGGCACGCCCCGACCCCCGGGGACUCCAAGUACUACAACGUCCGCGAGAAGAAACGAAAGAAAAAGUCGAGCAGCCAGGGGGGAAGCACGAGCAGCAGUAAGGGGGAGAGGAGGGGGGUCCGGCGCAACCGACCCAGCGUCCCGAGCUUUGAGAUGAUGGUCAAGAGCUCCAGCGCCUCGGAGACCAUCGGCAAGCCGUCGGCCGCCUCCGUCACGCGACACAAGCGCCGGUCCGCGCCACUCGACUCGGUGGAUGUGUACAGUGGAAUCUUACAUUCGGCUCUACCCCAGCACUCCACCUCACAUCCACUGGUCACGUGUUCAAGCAGCACGUGCUCCGUCAUUCACGAGGCGCCCAAAGCAUGCCGGUCCAGCGAGCGACGUCACAAGGCGAGAAGUUCUCGCGAGAACGUCACUCCCGUCACACGAGCGUCGAGAAAAAGCUGCGACUAUGAGAACUGUGACGUGACGUCACCAGGCGCGUGCCAAGACGCCGUGACGUCACAUCCUGCGGAUAUUGAUGACGCGACUAACAACUCUGUCUCCAUCUCAGCGUCGAACGGCGCAGUUAUAAACGGUUGUGACGCGGCAUCGCUGGGCAUUGGUUCCCUGGAGUCAGAGUCACCCCAGCCCAGCGAGAAGGACUCGCUCCUGCGGAGCCCGUCCUGCCACUCCGGAUGCGGCAGUGAGCCGGGCUCCUGCGAGCACUGCUCGACGUACGACCAGCUGCAGUACAGCUCCGACACGGAGGGGGGGAGUGUGCACCUGUACCAGUCGCUGGAGGAGGUGGGGAGGGAAAGGCGGGCCCUCGCCUCCAGCCGGAGGGACGGGCGCCCUAACGGAAAUGUAGCCCGGGACGAGUCGAGUCUCGCCCUGUCCCCCGCAGCUCGAUGUUGACGAUGCAAGCCUUCGUCAGUCUCUCGUCUGCUUCAUGCAAGUCUAAAAGUUGGGCAUGGCUAGCAUCGGUGUCGUACACAAGUACACAUAGGGUGGGACGUGUACACGCCCCCAACUUCAAUCUCAUCAUUCUUAAUGAGCCAAUCAAUUCAAAGAUUAAUUAGUGUACAUUGUUACAUGUGAUUCUCUAAUGACUCGAAUGAGUCUUGGAUAUUUAGCUUCAACUUUAUGCACUGAACACAUCACAUCCUGAUGUGCAUGUACACAUCACAUCCUGAUGUACAUGUACACACAACUUCUAUAUGGAUAGUCUUAGGUUGGGGACCAAUAUGGCGCCCUUUUCUCAAGAAACCAAAUCACCUUGACCUUUGUACC